UGCAGAACAAAAACGACAACAAAUGGAAACCUAUGUCUAUUUCAAACCCAUCAACUCGUCUGAGAUUAGCCAGAAAUAUGCCUCAAUGGGUGAACAAAUCAGGUGUGAGUGGUGUACCUCCACCACCUGUUCCAAAAGAGGAUCCCAAUAAGAGAGACCAUCAAAAGGACCAUAAAGUUAAAUCCCAUCAAGAACCGGAUUAUGAGGUCAUAGAAUUUGGACAAUAUUGUAAUGCUCCUUUGCCAUCAAAAUCAGGUUCCAAAAGAGAUGGAAAACAUUGCCAGCUCUGUGGUUCAUCAGCUCCAUCAGUUCAUUGUGAAGAAUGCUCUCAGAUUUUCUGUUUAUCCUGUGAUGAUAUGUAUCACAGGCACCCCAAACGUCAAUCACAUCUCAGAAGACGAAUCGAGCAAUCCAUCCGUCCUCCCCUGCCUCCCAAAGGUGAGCCCCUUCCAGCCCCCGUACCGCCUCCAAGACGCCACCGGCGUGCCGGAUCGAUUGGGGCUUCCCCAUGCCCUAGUCCAACACCAGGAAGACACAAUCAGGUGAAUUCCUCUACUAUGCCAAGAAGAGACCACUCUGGAUUCUCCCUAAAGGAUAAAAUGUCCAAUUUCAAGCAUGGUUUGAUGGGAAAUAGACCGCUACCACCAACUCCUAGUUCAACAAGAAGUGGAUCAUUUAGGUCUGAUUUCUCUGCAAGUACAAAUCCAAGUGAAUUGAACAGGCAAUUUGUCCCCAGCCCUAGUCCAUCUCUUCAACAAAGAUACAGGCAGCAUCAGUUGGCAAUGCGAGGCACAACAUCCAACAUACCAUCAACCAUCACCGAUUUCGAUCAGCCAUCCAGUAGAGACAGUGGCUACCCAGAAUGGGAAAUGGAGGACUGGAACAGAAGACGAGCCGGAAGCAUCUCUGGAUCUGACAUGGAGAAACAACAUCUCCAAAGGAAACUCAGCAACGUUUCUUGUCCGCCAGGGGGAAGAGCCGUUCCCCAUAGCGCUUCCGUGAUGGACCUGCACAAUAAUCCCAUGAUGUAUCCACACUAUCCUGGAUUUUUACCCAUGCAACAGGCCCAAUCGAUGGCCCAACUCAACUAUCCCAUGCCCUACUGCCCACAACCGCAAUGGGUAGGCCAGUACCCGUGCGAGGACCAGCGCGGCAGCAACCUCAGUCUCAACGUGGCCCCCGGCGGCUACCCGGUGAACCCCAUGUGGAUGGGCACGUGGCACGGCCCGCCCCCCUCGGCCAUGUACCCCUACCCUGUGCCCGUGAACACUAUGCACCGCGAUCCAAGAUCUUGCAGUCGAUCGGAAAGACCACCGUCACCUACUCACAGCACGAAGUCCAGAAAGUCCACUUUGAGCAGGAAAAGCAGGAAGAAACAUCGAAAGGCUGACGACACCGAUGACGAAGCCGACCUCGACGACCGACGCUCCACGCUCAGCUAUACGGACCGGAGCGAGAGAAAAUCCUCCGGCAGGUGUCCGGUGCGAGAAAGACCGCCCAGAGACCCCUCCAGACGGGUCUUGACUGACAGAGCCGAGCGAGCCUCCGUACCGAGAAGCAGACAGGGCUCCUCGAGCGAGACCGACGACGAACAAUCAGAGAGCCCCAGCCAGAACGAAGUAGACUCGCCCUCCGAGUACAAGCCAGGAGAGGCCUCGAAUGCCCCAGUUGCCGCCUGGGAGUGCGAGCAUUGCACGUUCGUGAACGAACCCGGCACCAGAGUGUGCCAGGUUUGCUGUAAAACCCCUACUAGUGACGCCAGGGUGGUCAGUAGGGAUUCAAAGCCGAGGAAGCGGAACUUGUCCAGCGACGAUUACAGCAAAGAUAAUAGCGAGACGGAGUCCGUCAGGAACAAAAUGGAGAAGCUGCGGAUGCCCAGCUCUAAAGCUUCGGCGCUUGAGGAAGGGAAGAAAGGAGAGGAGGACACUGAGACAGUUUCGCGAUCUAAUCACAUGACAAUUCAGUCGGAGUCGCCGGAUUUUUGGAGGGAAGACUUGAAGGAAAGUGGCGAAAUGAGUGUGUCGGGUGGCGAGAAGAAGAGUAAAGUGGAUACCGGGUGCGGGACUUCUUCAGUGGAUGUGACGAGUGCACAAACUGAUGAUAACAGUGAAAAUGCUGCUGUUGAUGGGGAUAAGGAUAAAUUGGCGAGGAAAAUGGUUUCAACUUCUACAGGGACUUCACCUCCUCCCCAGAGUAUUUCUACACAGACUUAUGAAGAUGUGUCACUAGAGAAAAUCCAGAAAAGCUCUAGAUCUCCUCCUAGAGCGGCAAGCAGAAAUAGUAGACGAAGUCAAUUCAAAAGGUCACAAUCUUUGAAAACGUCUCCUUCUCAGAAAAGAGGUUCACAAUGGUCCCUGCAUAGAUCUUCCAGCAGACAUUCUUUCACUACUGAUUCACAAAGUUUACCAGGAAGUAGAGAAAACAGUCCUAACCCCUACGAUUAUGAAGAGGAUUCAUACUAUGGAAGGAAUUAUGGAAGAGAAAGGAAGCCACCAUCUCAAAGUCACCGCUUAUCUCAUAGCAUAAUGGAUCUGAGGAAACCCGAAAUGUAUCGUAGGCUCAGCCAAUACGAUAUAGGAAAUUACAGGACAGAUUAUCCAGAUCCAAGUCACCUACGAACAGAUUCCUACCAGCCGUCAGAAAGAGAGUAUUCGAGACCACUCGAAAACGGGUUUCAAAGACACGAUACAUUCAAAGCAUCCGGGAUGGAGUUGGUGAAACUUCUGCGAGAAGCCGAGCAAUUCAAAUAUUCGGCAGAUGAAGUCCAAGCGGCUAUCAUCCACUGUAAAGAUAUGAAUCCCAUCGACUGGUUGAGGGAGCACUGGGAACCCACCGUAGCCAGUGUCCAGACCCUCGCCUCCCAAAUGGGCAGAGAGGGCCCCAUGAACAUAGUCGGGACCGUUUCCGAGAAGGAAGCCCGGGACGCUUUGAGAAAACACAAAGGGAAUCUGUGGCCUGCCGUAGAAGAAUGCGUCGACCAACGGCAGAGAAAGUAUGCAGAACUAGCUUCUCGAGGUGACUUCAACAGAGAAGACAUUGUCACAGUUUUGACUGCAAACCACGGUGACUUGGAAUCUGCUUUCAACGAGUUGAGUAAAACUCAAUUGAAGCCAUUUCUUAUGAGAAUUUGGGGACCUCCGGUCGGUACUGAAAAUGAGGCAGGUAAUGAGGGGGCUACAUUGAAAAUGAUAAGGGGGGAAGAUGUGCCGUUGAAAGACAGUGUUGAUAAAGAAGAUGCCAAAGCGGUAAGUACAAUUGCCCCCUUAAAUACAAACAGCGCCCCUCAAGUAAGUGCUCCUCCAAAUGCAGUUUCAGACGCCACAAUAAACCAAGAAAUUCAUCGAAUAAAUCAACAAGAACCUUUAGAAGAUAAAAUUAGAUUAGGAACCUUAGAUGAUAUUGAAAUAGAAAUUUUAAAAAACUUAGAGGACAUCAAGACUAUCAGUAAGAAUUUAGAUAAAGCUCAUUUAGAAGAUUUAGAACCCAGUGAGGUCGACGCAAAUUUAGAACCUAUUGAAACAGAGGAGUCUCAUAUGAUACCAAAUAAAAUCUACGUUGAGAAAAGUCGCACUGUAAUUGAGCUCGUUGAUGAAACUGAUAUGAAACCUUCGACUACCAAAGACUCUAAAACUCCUUCCAUUUCUGACAGUGAAAGUAGCGAUGAAUUUCAGAAUCAGGAAUUUGUUGAUGCAGUGGAAAGUCCUACCGAAACGAAAUCUUUUCCCGAUUUCAAAAAACCCGAAAUUCCUAAGCAUGAAAGUAAUUUAAGCAUCGUCCUUUACGGAAAUGAUACAAAUAAUGUGGCUGGAAAUGAUAAUUUGUUUGUUGAUGAUAAAGCUCAUAAAGACGAGACAAAUGGAGAUAGUAGUUUUAUAAAGGAUGAACAGAAUGAAAUGAAUAACAAUGAAACUCUAUCGAGCAAUGAAGAAAUUUUCAACGCUCUAAGCAAUAAAUAUGAUACUCCUGAAAGUACUCCUCUAGAAAUUGAUAGUAGCUCUAAUUUCUCUAGUGAAAUAACAAAUAAUAUUGCCGAUCCUCCAAUAAAUCGACCUGUGGACAUCCACAUUACAACGCACGAAGAAGUUGUUGAUCAAUUAAUUGGGAAUGAAAUUAAUGCAACAGAAAAUCAAGAAAUUGAGAGUGGAUACAUGGAAAACAAUGUGGUUCAGACAAAAAUUGAUGAAACAGGAAUGAGGUCAGUUUCUACUAAAAUUGAAAUUCCUAUUUCGACAAAGAAUCUGGAACCACUGGAAACACAAGCUAAUCCACCUAAGCUUUCUGAUUCUACUAUAAGUUCCCUUCUGGAUACUAAUAAUAAUAAAAAUGAAUUUGAAGUUGUGAAUAAAACAAAAAACUAUAAUGGUGCUAGGAAGCCUCCAAAUAUACCUAUGACAGAAAAUAAAAAUAAACUCUCCCGCAGACAGAAAAAGAGUAUGAGAAAAUCUAAAAAACGAUCUGAAAAACGUGCUUUGAAAAGAGAAUCUAGUACAACCGAAUCCAGCAGUGAAGUUCAAGAGGAUAAUGAAGAAUGUUCGAAAUUGAAAGAAAAUACAGAAAUUACAAUUGAAACAGUUGAAGAUAUUGCUAAACAUAAUAUUGAAUCGCAUUCAAUCAACUUUGUUCCAACAAAAGUAUGCAGGAAGAAGCAUCUGAAGAAAGAUGAAGGCCAAAAAUAUUUAAAGUAUAAAAAUAAAGAAAAGGAAAAUAUUGAGAAGGAAUCAGUUGAAUCUUUAGAAGAAGUAUCGACAAAAAACGUAAUUCCAUUGAUUGUGACCACCACUGAAGCUGCAUCUUUACCUAAAAACCAUUCUUCAAACAACGAAUCACCAGUUGAGUCUGCAGAAGAACAUAAGCAAAUUACAAACAAUGAACAACAAAUAGUGUCAGCUAGUGAUGAACAAACGACAGGGACUGAUGAUAUGAAAGAUCAACAUACAGAUCCAUUUCAAAUCUUAAAUGAAGGCGGAACAGUUGUUAAUACUGAAGUGAAUGAAACAGAAAGUGCAGAAGGUAUAAACGGACAAGCUGAAUCACUGCAAAGUACACCAACAGGGGAACCUAUGCUGGAUCCCACAAAACCUCCAAGAAUUUCGACUACUGUACAAAUGGCGCAGAACAAGCAAAUGACUAUUCCGGUAGCAAAAAGACCUUCCAGAAUACCACUACCAAGACAACGUUCCAUGUCGAAAAGUGAACCAAAGUCACCAGUUUCACCGUCUACUAGCAGAAUUCCAAUAAAAACCUUCUCAUUGCCCCGGAAACUUGAGAAAUCAGAUGGAAAUAAGAGUACUGAGGGAAAUAAAGAACAUACUGAAACCCCAAAGCAAAACCUCCCUUCUAAUGCACUAACUACCGUAUCUGCUGAAAACCAAGAGGAUGGAUCUAAAGAUGAAAAGGCAGCAAACGAUCCCACUUCACAAAAUAGUAUAAAUGUGGAUGUCUCAACCUAUAAAACGAACAAAAUGAAACUAUCCUGUACAACAAAAAACUCUUUUGACUCGACCACAAGUUCUAAACAGCUCUCUUACACCAAGUCCUUAGACAACGACAGUGACUCCUCAGUAUCGGAUAGUAAUGUAGAAGAACUGCUCGAUCCUAGUACAGACGAUGACAGUUACGAGGAAUUCGAAGAUUACGAGGAAGUUUUCGAAUCUGAUACUGAGGAUUACGAAGAGUUUGACAAGAAGAAGUCGAUGAUCCCUAAAGAACUCGAUAUCAAUUUGUCGCAAAUAAGUGACAGGAUCAACACUCUCACGAACAACUUGAAUUAUGAUCCGAAGAAAUAUAGUAUAGAUGAAACCUGCGAGUCUGAGGAAUAUUCUUCAGAUGAAGAUGUGGAAGAAGAUGAUUAUAUUGUUGAUGGUUUUGAUGAAGAAGCGAAUGAAACUGCCGAAAAUGAUGUGAAAAAUCAAACAAAGCAAACGACUGACCUAGAAUUGAUGGAGAGACAAGCCCGUAGGUUUCUGGCGGAAGGACAAGUAACUAGUUAUCAACAAGCGGAAUUAGCAGUGAGCUUGAUGGCCUUGAAAUUUUCUGUAGAAGAAGCCCUGGAAGCUGUUAAAGACUGUAACACUUUGGAUUCUGCUAUAUCAUUUCUGCAACAAGACUGUGAACUUUGUGCUGGAAAAUAUGCUAUGAAACAGAUUGUAUCAAUGUUAAGAUGUACUCACCGAUGUUGUCAGGAGUGUGCAAAAAACUAUUUCACGGUUCAAAUCACAGACAGAAGUAUAAUGGAUUGCACGUGUCCUUUUUGCAAACUGCCAGAGCUUGGUAGUUCGGAUACCCAUGAAGAUGAAGUGACCGAUUAUUUCGGAAACCUGGAUAUAUUACUGAAAGGUAUCCUAGAUGAGCCUGUACACGAACUGUUCCAGAGGAAAUUGAGAGAUAGAACAUUGAUGCAGGAUCCUCAUUUCAAGUGGUGUGUUCAGUGUUCUUCGGGCUUCAUAGCACAUCCUCGGCAGAAAAGGUUGAUAUGUCCUGAUUGCAAAUCUGUUACUUGUGCAAGUUGUAGGAGGCCGUGGGAGAAGCAACAUGAAAGAAUUACUUGCGAACAGUUUGCCCAAUGGAAAGACGCCAACGAUCCCGAAAAUCAGGCGACGGCAGUAGCGAAACAUUUGGCGGAAAACGGUAUCGACUGUCCCAAAUGCAAGUUCAGAUAUUCCCUAGCAAAAGGUGGUUGCAUGCACUUUACUUGUACUCAAUGCAAAUACGAGUUCUGUUACGGCUGUGGAAAACCUUUCAUGAUGGGUGCCAAAUGCAGCGUGAGCCAGUAUUGUGCCAAAUUGGGGUUACACGCACAUCAUCCCAGGAAUUGCUUGUUCUAUCUGAGAGAUAAAGAACCCCACGAACUACAAAAGUUAUUGACUGACAAUAAGAUUCCUUUCGAUACCGAAAUCAUAAGUGAUAAAGAAGAGAAUGCUUCUGCCAUAAGGAAAUGUUCCAUACCAUUGCAAAGGGAAACACCGUCUGGAAUAGUUGACACAGUUUGCAGUAACGAAGUCCUUCCAGGGCAAGCUGGCCUUUGCAGGCUGCACUACGUCGAACACCUGGUCGGGCUCAUCGGCAGACACCGCGUCGACCCGGUGCCCAUCCUCGACCUGGCCGAGGUCAGCCAGGAGCUGCGCCGGCGGGGCCGCGAGCUGCCCGAGCGGGCGGCCCGCUGCGACGAUCACGAGUACAGGCGGCUGUGCGCGCAGAUUGUUAUGGACCAAAUCCCCUUGGAGUGA